CAUGGAUAAGAAGGAGUCGGGAGGCGUGAAAGUGCUGAACCCAUCGCAACCGGAGCUGUCGGUCAGCGUUCAUCCGGAACUGGCGGUGACUAAAGUAGUGGUCCAUCCGUUGGUAUUGCUGUCAGUCGUGGAUCACUUCAACCGAAUGGGCAAAAUCGGGAACCAGAAGCGAGUCGUCGGCAUUCUCUUGGGAUCACUCAAAGCCAAAGGCAUUCUCGACAUAUCCAACAGUUUCGCCGUUCCGUUCGAUGAGGACGAGAGGGACCGCAGUGUGUGGUUCUUGGAUCACGACUAUCUGGAGAACAUGUACGCCAUGUUCAAGAAGGUGAACGCGAAGGAGAGGAUCGUUGGCUGGUAUCACACCGGACCCAAACUCAACCAAAACGACAUCUCCAUCAACGAACUGAUCCGCAAGUAUUGCCACAACUCUGUGCUCGUUAUCAUUGACGCCAAACCCCGAGAUCUGGGACUCCCGACGGAGGCCUACAUCGCGGUGGAAGAGGUUCACGACGACGGGUCGCCCACUUCCAAGACAUUUGAACACGUUUUGAGCGAAAUCGGCGCCGAAGAGGCCGAAGAAGUGGGUGUCGAACACUUGUUGCGUGACAUCAAAGACACCACUUUAGGCACAUUGUCUCAGAGAGUGACCAAUCAGUUAAUGGGUCUGAAAGGUCUUGAAUCGCAGAUCGAUUCGAUCCGCAAGUAUUUAGAACUCGUGGUGAACAACAAACUGCCGAUCAAUCACCCCAUCAUUUACUUACUCCAAGACAUCUUCAAUCUGUUGCCCAACACUUCCCAAGAAUUGUUCGUGAAGUCCACGUUUGUCAAGACCAACGACCAGAUGCUUGUCGUCUAUUUGGCCGCUUUGGUCCGUUCGGUGAUUGCUUUGCAUAAUCUCAUCAACAAUAAGAUCACUAAUAGAGACGCAGAGAAAAAGGAAAAUCAACCCAAAGAUACCAAACUCAAGGAUAAUAAGGACUCGACCGCAGAAAAGGACUCAAAAGACUCCAAAGAGAGUAAUGAGAAGAAAGAUUCGGAUUCUAAGAGCAAAAAGACUUCAAAA